UCAGAUCCAGAUUAUUAUCAUGGAUGCUUUGAGAAACAACAAGACCCUGUGGAGGCUUUAUGAAAAGGAGGUGCCGCACAGCAGUGAUCCAGCUUAUGGUGCCAGUCCUGCUGAGAAACUCACCCCAGAGCACCUGCAUCUCCUUAGAAAAGCAUUCAUCUGCCAAAAAGCCGGAAAAAUGGCCCAGACAAACAAGAAAGGAAGAAAUGAAGAGAUUGGAAUAAAGUUUGAAGAAUUUCGAGAAGUACUAAGGACUGUUAUCAGUCCAAGUAUUGAUGACUCAUGGGUCGAGAGAUUCUUCAGUGAGGUAGAUAUUGGCUGCACAGGACAAGUAAAGUGGCAACAGCUGUGUUCCUACUUGCUUCUGGAGUACACUGAAAGACAGCGUGCCUCCGUUCCCACCGCUGCUCUGCUGGACAGUCAUCCUCAGUUCAGACACUGCUCACACAACAAGCGGGAGCCAACAGUUCGUGUGGUCGCUGUUUUCCAUCCUCCUCCACUCCGUUAUAUUAGUGUCAGUAAGGGUGGUCAGAUCACUGUGUGGAGUAGCAACCUACACAUCCUCAAAACUUUAAUGCUUGCUGGAGACCCAACGGACGAAGUUGCCAACACCAGGAGGUUCAGAGGCUGGACCACUGAUGCUGUGUAUAUGAGCAACGUCCACAGGGUUGCAAUUGCAACUGACUGCAGAGAUUUACACUUUGUCAACAUCUCUCUGAGCAACAUAUCUGAGGAUGUCCAUCUCUUUGGAUUUCGUAAUAUCCCAACUGCUCUUUGUUACUGGCAUGAUGUACAGUGUCCAGAUCGACCUCCACUGCUGCUCCUGGGAGAUGAUAAAGGAGGAGUCCACCUGUUGUGGUUUCUGAACACGUCAAAGGGGCUUUUUAAGAAUCCACCCAAAAAUAAAAAUGGCCCACAAAGGAUCUUUUUCCCAGACCUUGAUGAACAUGGCAAUAUGGUCUCUUACCAUUACAUUCCCAAAAUCCACCAGGGACCAAUCAACAGAGUGAUGUUUGAUCCUGGUACUAACGUCAUCAUGACUUCAUCAGAGAGCGACACCACAUCUGUGGUCUUCAUCAAUGUGUCACUAAAACAGGAACCUCAUGUGUGGAAAUUUAAGCAGGGAGCUAAGUGUUUUGAUUACAGUCCAUCUUUACAGUUGUUAGUCACAGGAGGCUGUGACCAGACAGUCAGACUGUGGACACGGUAUGUGACCUCAAGUCCUGUAGCUACACUGCUAGGUCACCAUGCCACUGUGUUAGAUGUUGCAAUCUACCAACCUGUCAGGCAGAUCUUCAGCUACUCCAGAGAUUCUGAGCUGCGAAUUUGGGACAUUUCUACACAUCUCUGCUUGAAAACUGUCCACUUACAGUUUCCCUGCUUGCAGCCAGGUCGCAUCCCAGAGCAUGGCAACUUCCCAUUCCUGUUGCUGAGCUCGUCUCUUCCUGAGGAGACACAGCCUCAUUUAUUGGUGGGCUGCAAAGACUACCUGGCAUACCUCAAUCUGGCUGAAACAAGAAGAGGAGGAGAAGGUGGUUGGUUAACAGAUGAAAGAAGGGAAUUAGAAAUUCAGUGCAUCCCAUCAGUCUCCUGUGCUCUGUUCAAUCCCACCCUGCAACAGGUGGUGACUGGACAUGUUGACUCAUCUGUGUCUCUGUGGGACGUGGAGACAGGAAAGAAAAAUCUCCAUAUUUUAAAUGCACAUGGAGAGGAGGCACUCACCUGCAUGGAGCUGGACUCCUCUCACAGACGGCUGAUCACUGGGGCUCGUAAUGGCACUAUUAAGGUAUGGAAUUUACUGAAUGGCCUAAAUUUGCACAAGUUGGAACCUGUCACCAACUCGGAGGUUACUGGGUUGGCCUGUCUCCAUGACAACCAGCUUCUUGCUGUAGGGUGGAGCCAACAGGUCAUUCAGUACAACAUUGCAGAAGCCAAGGACUUGAAAGUGAGAGCAGACAUGUCUUGGAAAUCCAGUGGUGUUCACAAAUCAGACAUCUUGGCCUUGCGUCAGUGCUCCUCUUUGGGAGUUGUCGCCACAGCAAGUUAUGAUGGAGAGGUCAUUAUCUGGAGACUGGAGACAAAGGGAACAUUUCUGCACCUUCGGAAGGAGAUACAGGAACAGGUGGCACUCCCUGUGGACAGCCUCCUGUUCCUUCAGUAUCGAGCUGGAAACAAAAAGUUAAGAAACAGGGGUGUCCUGGUGUCAUCACAGGCUGGCUGUCUGUGCUUUUGGAGCAUCACUGGAAACAAACAUAACUAUGGUCAGUUCUAUGCCCCAGACCAGCCAGGAGAAUGUGUGCUUACCAUGAACUCAGAUCAGACUAAAAACAACAUCCUGGUUUCAGGGGACACAACAGGCUGCCUUCAGAUCUGGGACAUUUCUUCCUAUGCAGUGGACAUCCAACAUGAAUCAACUUGUGAACGGCCUCCCCUGCUGCAGUGUUGGAGAGCUCAUAAAAGGCCGCUGGUAUGUGUAGAAGUCCUGGAGGUAUCUGGCAGACUUUUCAUCCUCGCAGCAUCAGCUGAUGGUUCUACUGGACUGUGGUCAAAGAAUGGCAGUCCCGUGGGUUUUUUUGGACAGGAGGUGAUGUGGAACAUUACUGAUCCAGCUACUUUCUGCAGGUGAGGGAAAUUGGCCGGUUUCCUUCAUAGGACAUCUUAGCAGUUUACUUCAAAGGGUAGGAAAAGGGAAUAAAAGGUCAUUGUGGAUGGAGCUUAGAAUUAGCCAUCUAACAUGCAUUCAUAACAUAAUAAUGGUUGAAUUCAUGAGGCAGAAUUUUUUUUGGGGGGGGGGAUAAGACUACAAAAUAAGUAGUAGAUUAUACCAUCCAUGCAUGCAUUUUCUAUUCCCCCUUGAUUAAAUCCAACCUGGAUGGAUAAAAUUAUACCUGGUACUAUAAGCAAUGGUGUUAUAAAACUAUAGACUACUAAUUCUUAAAAAAGAAUAAUAGAUUACAGAAUCUAGAUCUUUCUUCAAGACAAGACAGAAAGAGAAAGGGGGAAGGGAGCGAAAUAUCUCAUUUUCCCACUAACUUUGCAGUCUGGAUAGAAAUUCGUACAUUUUUGCUUUGCCCAAAUCAUUAUUGUAUACUUAAUAGUUAUCUGUUGCACGAUGAACCAUAAAGAGGAAAUCUGUCAGGAAUAGUUUUUAAGGAGGUGAAAAAUGCAUUUUAAAUAAAAGGAAACUCACUGGGUAGCAAAAAUUUAACCUUCCAAAGUAGGCUUUUGUGGUCUGUAAAUUAGGGGCAUACUAAAAGAUUUAUCCAAUUAAAAUUCAUGUGAUUGCUCAUGGACAGUGUAACCUUGAAGUCUGAAUGCUUUAAGAAAAGGCUGGCAACUAAAUACAUGCAGAUUUGUUUCCUUUCUGUCAGUUAAAUAGCUCCCCAGUCUACCAUCACUGCCUGUGUGAUUUCUAAUUGAAGCAAAAACAUGCCAACUUUUCCUAGCUCUGCACUUUGCUUUUGUCCCUGCUGUAUCUCUUAGUAAAGUAAACUUACUGGCUGCCUCAAAAUGCUGUUAACAUGUUUGUGUCUGUCUGUCUGGCUAGUCUAUGCAAUGCCCACUUUUUAAGCAAGUCAUAAAUAUUGUCCGCCAUAAAUUUUUAUAAUGCAGAAGCAAACAUCCCAAAUUUAUAUAAGAGUUCAAUAUAAACCCAACUGCUAUAGCAGAGAUUAAGCCAAACAUUCUCUUUUAAGCUUUCAUUUUACCCCCCAAUCUCUUAAAAUAGUCAACAUGUCAACAGCUUGUCUGUCUUGAAAUCCUCUACAGGCUUUUAUGAAAUUUUUAUGUGACUGUCUCAUGUUGAAACAAUCAUGGCUGGUUGAAUUUAAUCGCUAAAACUCCCCUGUGUGUACUAAUAAUACCUACAAACACAAAUAGCACACACAUUUUUAAACAGAGCAAGUUACACCACAACGAUGCAAUAAACAGUUCUGCUGGGAUAAAAAAAAACAUGCAACAGUUUAGUUUCAGAGAUUUAACAUAAGCAAAGUUUGGGAAACUUGUUUUCUUAAAAGUAUAGCUUUGUGCUUGCUUGAAAAGAUUACGAUCAUUUGGUCUGAUGCCCUCAGGAAGGAGCAGAACAGCCUCAGAAAGGCCACAGUGGAGAGGGCUGUAUGUGACAAACUGGAUUCCUUUGAUGCCAAAAGUCAAGUA